GAAAUAUUUUCGCAGCGUUGCAGAUAUAUUUUAUUGAUGUAAUUAUUUGCUUGCCUUUUAGCACUUUUGACAAUGUCCUGGCACUUAAAUUUUCCACAGCUAGUUUUCAGUCUACUUGCGCAUACUUAAGCACACACACAUACACAGAUAUGCAAUGCUUGCACUUAUUUGCCUAUAAAGAUCUUCACUGAAAUCCUACCUUCAAUAUUCUAACAAAUUUUCCUUUCAAUAAAAAAAAAAUAAAAUCACCGCACAGGUUUGAGAAAUUGGAUAUAACGCCAAAGAGCGCGCAGAAAAUCAAGCCAGUUUUAGAACGCUGGAUGAAGGAGGCCGAAGAGAGCCACUGGAAUCGUUAUAAAUCUGGACAGAACCACUUAACCGAUUACAUAGGCGUGGAGCCAUCGAAGAAGCGCAAGCGCCGCACGUCAUUUACGCCACAGGCUUUGGAGCUGCUAAAUGCGCAUUUCGAGCGCAAUACCCAUCCAUCGGGCACCGAAAUAACCGGCUUGGCGCACCAAUUGGGUUAUGAACGCGAAGUGAUACGCAUUUGGUUUUGUAAUAAGCGGCAAGCGUUAAAAAAUACAGUGCGAAUGAUGUCCAAGGGAAUGGUGUAAGGGGUGUGACAGACGAGAAGAUUGCUGGCAGAAAGAAGCGCAAAAAGAAGAGAAUGGCAAAUUCUAUUAGAGGUCCACGAAGGAACAGCAAGAUGCAGUCGGGCAAAGAGACGCUUUUAAGGAGAGCUGAUUAAAAUUUACGAAGGCUGAGGGCGAUGGCUCUCUGGAAAUUAUGUAUUCAGAGAUUAGAUUUGCGGGUCUAUUAAAAAAA